CGGAAGUUGUCAAUGGUUCUGCUUUCAGGAAGCGGCGCAUCAUCGUCAGCCGUUUCACAACAACAACGCGGACGGGGGGCAAACACAUCGACCUGCCCUCAAGAUAUUUCGUCUCUUUUCCAUCCCGGAGGUCCUAAAAAUGGAUGAAUGAAGUGACCCCCAGGAUACAAUGUCCUCGUUCCAGGUGGUGGAUUCCUCACCUGGCAGUAGCGUCGGUAUUAUGGAAACGUCCAACUUUGCCCACGUCAUCUUCCAGAAUGUUGGCAAAAGUUUCCUGCCUCAGGCGCCCCUGGAGUGUCGCUACACUCUCACCUCUCACAUCACCCCUCACCCAAAAGACUGGGUGGGCAUCUUUAAGGUGGGCUGGAGUACAGCCAGAGAUUACUACACCUUCCUGUGGUCUCCUAUGCCUGAAAACUAUGAACCAGGAAGUAGUGUGCACAGGACGGUGGUGUUUCAAGGUUACUAUGUUCCCAAGUCCGACGGGGAGUUCUACCAGUUCUGCUACGUCACUCAUGCUGGCGACAUCAGAGGGGCCAGCACUCCCUUCCAGUUCAGGUCAGCAACGCCCACUGACGAGCUGCUGACCGUCACAGAGGACGACAGCAACUCGGAUAUACUGGUGGUCACCACCAAGACCGGCCUGCUGGAGCGUGUGGAGGAGGCCCAGCAGGAGCGCAGGGAGCUGCUUGAAGCCAUGGGGGUCCUCCAGGAGGAAAAACAGCAGCUGCAGGACGAGCAGAAGCGACUGGCCCGGGAGCGAGAGCAGGAAAGGGAGACAUGCUGCCUGCUGCGCACACACAACCAGGAGCUGCUGCGCUCCUCACAGUCCCUGUCCGAGGAGCGGGAGGAGGUGAGGAGGAGGCUGACGGAGGCCGCGGAUCGAGUCCGCCAGCUGGAGGGGGACCUGCUGGGAGUCACUCAGAGAAGCCUGCAGAAGGAGACUGAGCUGGACUGUAUGCGUGACCGUCUGAAGAAGCUGGCAGCAGAACGCGACAGCAUGAAGCUCCAGCUGAAGACAGAGAAGGAUGAGCAGGACCUCUACAAGGCCCACAUGCGCAACACAGAGCUGGAGAACACCAAGCUGAGUGCCGAGCUGCAGAUGCUGAAGGCGGUGGAGCUGAACCGAGAGGUGACCAUCGCUCAGUUCCAAGAGGAGCUGGAGAGGCUCAGGUGUUAUGUGGCUCAGCGGGACAGUCUGGAGAAAGAGCUGAUGACACUCCAAGCUGAUAAGGCUGAACUGGCGCGUGUGCGUGAGCAGCUCCGUCAGGCCGAGGAGCAGCUCGCCGCGUCCCGGCAGCAGGCGUCCUUGCUGGUCUCGGAGCUCCGCGACUCGGCCAGCUCCCGAGACCACUCUAUGACGGAGCUGUACCACGCCCGCUUAGAAGUCGACAAGCUCCGCGCCAGCCUGGCCGACGCUCAGGCCGAGUGUCAACGCAUGGAGAGCCAGUUGGACCGCAUGAGGAGCACUGCGCACAAAGAAGUGGGUGUGGAAACCAGCGGCGAGGCCAUCGUGUCGGAGGCAGAGGCCGAGCUGCAUAGGGAAGUGGAGGAGCUGAAGCUCCGCCUCCACAUGGCCGCCGAGCACUACAAGGAAAAGUACAGAGAGUGCCAGCGGCUCCGCAGACAGGUGGCCAAACUGAACACGGGCGAGUCGCAGGCGGAGCACAAGAGAAAUGCGUCCACAGAGACAGCCUUGGAGUUACUCACCCCAAGUCCAGAAUCCCCCACAGGAGGAAGUAUUGCCGCAGCCGGGACAAUCAGCGCCGAGCCUGAGAGCCGUGAAUGUACGCAAAGCAGCGCAGAGAGCGAGGAAAAGAAGAGCCAGCGAGACGUGAACCAGGAAGAGGAGAGCAAAGAACGCGACGAUACGCGUGAGGACAGCCUAAGGAUGACGAGCUGGGUGGAGGUGGAGGGCGAGCGACAGCCCCAAGAGGAGGAGGAGGAGGAGGAGGAGGAGGAGGAGGAGGCGGAGACGUCAGAGAGGGAGCAGACCCACUCGGUGGAGGAGGAGCUGGCGCUGAUGGAGGAGAAGUGGAAAGAGCAAUGCGCCAUCAACGAGACUCUCAAACAGCGUCUGGCCAAUGAGGAGGAGCGAUUUCGAGUGCAGAUGGCAGAGCGGACAAGCGAGGUGCUGGAGCUCAAACGUGACCUGGCCCGGGCUUUGAAAGACAAAGAGCGGCUGCAGGAGGAGCUGCAGGUGUGCGUGAGUCGUCAGAGGGAGCGUGACGCUCGCGCUGAAGGAGCUGAGGUGGAGCAGCCAAUGGUUCUGCGCUUCCCGCUGCCGUACCCUCAGGACCCCUCGCCGCCCCCCCUGGUCCCGCAGAGACCUGCCGAGCUGCAGUUUGGCAACCCGUACGCCACAGAAGACCAGGAAGCACUUUCACUGGAGCAAGCGGUCCGUCCUCCACCCGAGGCGCCGCAUUGCGUCACCCCCUGCGCCCCGCCCAUCACCCCCCCACACCCGGGCUGGGACAGAGAGGUGGUGUGCAUGCAGCCCACACGCAGCACCACCCCCCCGGAGCCCGCUGACCACCCACCUGCAGACGACCCACAGCACCCACCUGAAGCUGCUCAGCCUUCUUGUGACCAUCAAGCCAAGAGACGCGCUGACACCAGGAGCAGCUUCUGCUUCGACGCCAGCAGUGACGUCCACAAGCGCUGCCCCCUGUGCGAAGUCAUCUUCCCGCCGCACUUUGAGCAGCGCAGCUUUGAGCAGCACGUGGAGUCUCACUGGAAGGUUUGUCCCGUCUGCUCCGAGCAGUUCCCCCUCGACUGCCAGCAGCGUCUCUUCGAAAGACACGUCCUCACGCACUUUGACGGACAUGUGCUUAACUUCGAUCAGAUUGAGUGACCAACCCCCCACCCCCCUCGCCCCCAAAGUGUGGUCAACUACGUGGUGCAUUCCGUGUACAAUCAUCGGCACUUUUGCAGGUUCAAAAAGCGUGGCGAGCAACUUUGUCUACGAGUAAAUCUGCUUCCUGUUUUAUUCCUUUUAUCGCUCAUCUUUGCUGCACCAUUGGUCGCCGACGCACGUCAAUAUGGAGAAAGAGCACAAUUGUGUGUAUUGUUAGAAGGGACUCGGUAGCUUCCAAAGCAUAGUGCUGUUAAAACUAAUAUAUCUGCACUAAAUAAGGCUUUAUUCUGAAUGUAAUGUACAUAUGGAUGAGUGUGUUGUCAUGCUUAAGGAAGCAUCACAUAUGGACAUAUUCAUGCAAAUGAAUGAAGUGUACCGAUCAAUGUGCUUUCUGACUGUGUUGUGUAUUGCACACCAAAUCACAAAGCCCAAGUGAGUGUGCCUGCGAGAGAAAAUACAAGUGUGACUGUCAACAGAUCUUUAUGAAUAAAGAAACAUAUUCACCUGA